AUGCGAACCGAGGGUGUACAUGUCAUGGGCACAGAUACCGAGUCGUUUGUUAGAACAAGGGUUGGACAAGUGAGUAUUAGAUUCUUGCCAUGUUUUCUCUGCCGUUUGACCAUGGUCUCCGAGGCUUGGUUACAACGUGAUGGGGACGUGUUCGAGGCACCUAUACGCCAUCACCCCUUGGAGAGCUCUCCUCGAAACCGAAGUGUCUGGUGUUCUCGUUCUGCCUCGGCUGCAUCACUCAAAUGUGGACGGAGAGGACGGGGCCUCUCGGUCGGUGGUAAUCUCCCUGCUGCUUUUCGUUUACUUAACAAGCUGCUACUGCUGCUGCCGCAUAUCUGA